GCUUACUUAUUCAUUCUUCUUCCUGCCAUUGCUGCAGACAGUGGCUCUGGCUCUGGCUGGGAAACCUGUGAAGAUGCUGAACCAGGUAUCACCUUUGAGUGCUUCAGUCAAUUUGCAGAUCAGCUGGAGGGCAAUAUUAAGCUAAUUUGCCACAUUUCUAGGAUGGAGAUGUACUUGAAAGAAACUCUCAUGAACUUCACUGUACGUGCUGGGGACAACGUCCACGCAUGCUCAGGGGAAAGCCAACUGGGAUGGAAAUGUUCUGUCAAGAGCAGUGCCAUCUAUUAUCCUGUUGAAGCCUGCCUGAUAAUGGAAAAACUACAAUAUCCAUGCUGCAAGAAGCUGACUCUCCUUCACAUAGUUAAGCCUGAAGCACCAUUUGGCUUAACCAUCACAGACCAAGACAAGGAAGAGGCUUAUUUGGUUCAAUUUUCCAAUCCUCUCUCAUCACAAACAUACCUAAAAGAUAAGUUACUGUAUGAAAUAGCCUACUGGCCGGCAAACACCAAUUGGACUGUGAAUAAUAAUACCAAAGUAUUUCAACACGUUCCAUUAAGACUUCUGAGACAGGAAUUUCAGCCCAGCACAAAGUAUGAACUAAAAGUCCAGUCCAAGCCCAAUGAAGUUUUUUUCAAAGGGAUGUGGAGUGAAUGGAGCUCUUCCGCCUUCAUCCAGACUGCACCAAGAAUGCAGAAGGACACAAAUACACCUGUUCAUCGUGGCAAUAAAAUAAUCCUGAUGACAACAUCCUUUGUGGGCUUCUUUAUCCUGCUCAUCAUAAUCUCCCUGAUCCCAAUAUUUUGGAAAAGCAGGAUCAAACCCGUUGUGUGGCCAGCCAUCCCCAAUCACAAGAAAAUGUUGGAUAAACUCUGCAACACACUGAGAAAGAACUCAGAGAUCAGCUUCUUCAACCCUGAGAGUCUGGGGUAUGCUCAUAUCCACAAAGUGGACAGCAUUCAAGCCAAGUCAGAAAUGGAGCACUCUCAGCAGCUGCUGCUUCCCUUUGCGGUGGACGUUCCAGAGACGGUCAGGAACGGGCCUGAACUAAAGAGGAACCUCAGCCACGUCAACGACGGCUGGCUCAAGCUGUCUCUGGCGUAUGAAGGAAUGUGGCCAGCGGAGUUGUUGAACAGACAUUUGGGCACGAGUAACCAUCUCAAUAGCGAUGAAUUCAUCAGAGCCAUCUGCUGUAAUGAGAACGGUGCUAGCGACCAGCACGGCCGUAGUGAUGCUCUCAGUGCCCAUUCGAGUGCAUUGCUGGGCCCCACCAUUUUGCCUGGAUUAGAAUCCUGCCCGGCCGACCCCUUGCACCCAGCUUAUGCCAACAGUGAAAUUAAGGUAUCGAACAAAGAGGAAGUUUAUGUCACUAUGGCAAGCUUUUUCAAAAGCAAAGGAAACUUGGGAAACAGGAUGUGAAGGAGCAUUACCUUGAAGAGUUAGCAAUCGAGGCAAAUGGCACGGGAGGGCCUUGUGUUCUUAUAAACCUAGAUAGCUUUAAAAGGGGCUUGGACAGAUUUAUGGAGGAGAAGUCGAUCUCUGGCUACCAAUCUUGAUCCUCCUUGAUCCGAGGUUGCAAAUGCCUUAGCAGACC